UUUUCUUGUUCGGAAGGGGGUAAAUUACGAGUCAAAAAAAACUAGUAAAUAACCCCCCAAAUUUUCCCUUCCAUUUUCUGCUGCUGCUGCUGUUUUUUUCUUCCCUUUCCUUUCCUCUCAUUACAUACUUUAGAACCUUAUUCUGCUAUUCUGCUAUUCUAUUUUUAUUUUUAUUUUUAUUUUCCUCAUCUCGCGUGCCAUUCUAUCAUCACAGUUUUAACUUUAUUUUUAGUUUUUACAUACUAGUCACAUUUUUUCUCACACUCUCCUCUCUACAAGAAUACAAAAAAUUACAAUGAGACCACAGCUUCUCGCCAGUCUGCUAACAAUAAUGGCAACGAGCUACGCAGACAUAAUUCUCUCCGUGGCACCCGCUAACAACAUGAAUGACUACCUCUCAGUGCUCUCCUCCGCCUGGCCCAAGCUCCAACCACAGCUCAACAACCACCUUAAGCUCGCUCAGGAGCAAGUACCGGCAGAGUACAGCUACCUCCUGAAGCUCCUCAGCGUCACCGCUGUGCCGACCAAAUAUGACUCUGGAUGGGCUCAUAAUUUUGUGAAUAAUGCGCAGAAAAUCGGGCCUACGACGAUUCUCGCUGAUGAGAUCCCGGGCGCUGAUAAUGGCGAGGAGUUUAAGCCGACGAGAGUUGUGAGUACACAUGCGGGGUCAGUGGCUACUGUGAAUGUGCCGGUGGCGAGGCCGACUAUUGUUGUGGCUAUUAAUGGAAAUGCCGCGAGAGUCAUGCACAAUGCGGAGACGGUGUCUUCGACAAAGAGUGUGGGCAAGUCUUCGGAGUCUGAUGACGAGGAUGAGUCCGAGGAGGAGAAUGAUAGCUUGGGGGAUGAAGAGGAGGUUGAGAGUGGAUCUUUUAACUCUGGAAAGAGGUCGUCAUCUUCUAGUACUUCGGGUGCCGAUGGGUCGGUGUGGGAUGUCUCGAGAGUGUCCAAGGCUGUGCUUAUUAGCGCUGCUGUAUCAUUAAGCACAUUGUUCUAACUGGCUACAAACACCUCUGUUUUUUUGUUUUAUGGUGGAUAAACAAAAAUGAAAAAUGAAAGUAAUAUUAUAUUUUCAUCUUUUAUUUUUUAAGACUCAUUUUUAAAUUAAUUCAAGCGUUUUUCAGACAUUAUUGUUUACUUGGACAUUGUUAUGUCAGCAUGUAUGGAUUCAAUAU